AUGGUUAGCGCUAUGGACGAAGAUGCUAUCACCACACAGGCCACGAUGCGUUCUCUGCCCAGUACAUCGAGAUCGCUUCGUACUGCGGCGCGACCCGAGUUGUUUCGCGGGGUCCCGUUACACGUGGCUUUGUCCAACUGGGGCCAACAUUGGAGGGCUCCUGAUCAAGGCAUGUUCAAUGUGGACCCCAAGAACUACGAGCUCAGUCGGCCCACGAAAGGCUACGAUGCAUUCCUCAGCCACGACUGGGCAUCAUCCCGCUGGCUGAAGUUCCUAUCCCUGCUCAUGAUUUUCAACUCAGGACCUGCCUUCGCUAUCUCAUGUUUGGUGAGCGUGUUGGUGGGCACACUGCGUGCAUAUCGAGUUAUCCCAGACCGGACAUGGACAUUGUCGGUUGUCUAUGCGGUCUACUUUGCUGUCUUUUUGUUCUGGCAGCGCGUACGGGCCAUCUUCUGCCGACCCCUCGUGGUCUUCUUGGACAAGCUUUGCGUCGCGCAGCACGACGAGGAGUUGAAGCAGGAGGGCAUUCAGAGUCUUGGUGCCUUUCUUCUGAGCUCCCGGGAACUGGUGGUGCUACUCAGCCCUCAGUACCUGUCACGGCUGUGGUGCGUGUUCGAAAUAUCUGCAUUUUUGCGUGAUAAGGCCUCCUUGAACAGACUCCGGAUCAUCCCACAGAAGACAACCCUGCUGCUGCUGAUGGUGGCUAGCUGCUGGCACCUGCUGGCAAGCUACUACUUCUCUCUGAUCAGGUUUGGCGUGCGUGGGGGAUGGGAUGCUGCCAGUGGGCUGAGCACGACAGUGGCCAUGUUGGGUUUCGCUUCUUUGCUGGUGCCGCUGUCCUUCUAUGUUGGCAUCGGGCUGAUGUCUGAGCUUCAGGAGGUACCUAAGCAACUCCAGAGCUUUCGCAUCCAGGAUUCGAAGUGUUACUGCUGUAGUCACUCGCACGUGCAUCCUCGCACCGGUGAGCCACUUCCCUGUGACCGCCAGCUCGUUUACGAAACCAUCCAAGAUUGGUGGGUGGCCAAACAAGACGGCGGGUCUGAUCCGCAUUUGGACAGGUUCAACGCAUCAGUCCGUCAGCGCGUGGCCCCAAAAAUUGAGGAUGGAAUGGGAAUCGGCUUGCCAUUUCAAUAUGUUGUCUACACGGCCGUCUUUUGCAUCGUGCCUUGGUUGGCAGACUUCAUCGCACGAUGGGCCGAGACGAAAGACCACCGUCCUGUCAUCUCUGUUUGGAGCCUAAGACACUUUGUCACAUGGGCCAUUGUGGGUGUGGCCCUGCUCUUCUCACUGAGGGUCAGCAUUCCACUCUGGACUCUAGGCACCUUGAUCGAGAAGCGUUUUUCCUCUCGCUGGUUGGCCGUCUUCAUCGUCGCGCCGCUCUCUUUUCUUGGUGUUUGCUUACUGUGGCUGCCGCUGAGCAUUAGCCUAGCAGCGACAGACGAAGACAACCCUCUGCCAGUGAUCAUUGUCGGUGCUGGCUCACUACUCACGGCCGUCAUAUGGCACUUCAAGCGGAAGCCACAGCCAUCCCUGCAGCCAUCACAGCUCUCGGCUUCUCGAAUCGGAGAUGAUGACGACACUUUCUCAAUUUAA